CAUCAGCAGGUUGACUACAUGGGGUGCAUGCAGGGGUACCCACAGUACACAACAGGUGGACACAUAGAAAAUCUGCUGUUUUGCGGGAUUUCGCGGAUGCGGGAAUUUACUGUGACAGUUCUGAAGAGAUAUUUAGCAACAACCGUCGACUGUCCCAAAAUCAUUUAGGGAUCAUCCAUAGGGUAUUUUAUUCAUAAUUUUUCUUCUGAGGAAAGGUGGAGCUAGAGACGGACGGUGUUAAGCAGACGACAACGUAAUCAAGCACCAUGGCAUUGGAUUACACGGUGGAUCGCCUUGACACGGCGAGCAGCGAGGUGCGGCAGAUCAUUCAACAAGAAUUCCCAAAGUUUACUUGUGUCUGCGAAAUUUGCGAUUGUGGACGACACAAACAUCACAAGGACUGUAAACGUAAAUAUCGAGGAACCAAAGGUAGUGGGGCAGAUUGUGCACUAACACAUUAUCAGCAGUCCUACAAGCAACCGGAUGGAAUAUAUCAACGAAGGUUACCCAUCAUCCCUCCCCCUACACCCAGGGAUCCCAACCCCCCACGCAUGGAUUUCAACACUAUCCAGCGUUCAGACUAUCAGCAACGGAUACAAGCAAAGAAACAACAACCAAUUAAAUUGGAGGAAAAAAUGGAACGAAGUGAUGAACCACUUGAGAACAAGACUUCCUACCGAGUUUCUUACCCUGGACACACAUCUUUCCCAGCAAUAAAGAUGACAAGACCUGCUACACAGGACAGAAAAGGCCUACGGUCAGCCAAGUUUGAUAGUCGCACGUCCAACAAGGAACACUACAAACACUGGGUGCCAUGCCCAGCUGCUGCCUUUGGUGAACUGCCUUCAUUUACAGGCUCCAUUCUGUACCCAGGACAGAGAAUAGGGGAAAUUGAAUCGGUAACGAGAAAUGAUUUUCCUGGUAACCGUGCUGAAAAAAUAGUUGCUGCAAAGAAGUUGCCUGACAACAUUGUCAUUGAAGGUUACUUUGAUCAUGUGACAACUAACAGACACACCUACAAAGACAUGGGACCACAGGAAAAAACUCAAACAAUCAAGUUUGAUUCUCAACUUAAUCGUGACAAGAGAGCAAAAUUUGACGGUAAAACACAGAACAUGCGAGAUUUCCCUGGUUACCGCAGCCAGCCAUUGCCUCAACGCACAGUCACGCCACCACCGGCUACCAUCAGGCUCAGCAUGGAUUCAAGGAUUGAUUUUGUCACGGAGCAGAAAGCACAGUUCCCUGGCCAUGACAUCAGAGAACACCCCAAGCCUGAACUUAUGAUGAAAGAUCCAAAAAACUUCACAGCACCAACUACCAAGUUCACUACAACUACAACCAAUAAGUUGACAUAUAAGCCGAUUGAUGUUAAGGAGGCCUAUAAUGCAGCACGAGUCCGCCCUGCAACCAACACAGAACGACAACCAGCAAGGUUUGACGAUCAAACCAUCAACAAGCGAUUCUACAAAGACUGGGGUGUGAAACCACGCAUACGUUACGGUGACUUACAUGAGGCCAACAUCUAUGUGCCCCCAAUGGGUCAAAUGGCUUCACAUUCAGAAACCAUGGCAAGUUUUCAUGGAGAGGCGCUAACUGAACCCACACGCCCCUUUAUUCCGGCUAACAAGCAAGUAGAAGAAGCAGGAAAACAGGAUUUCCGUACCGUACACAAGGAAACCUACAAAGGACAGCGUAACCCACUGUGUAGGGCACAAGCCUACUUACUGCAACAAGAAUUAUUGAAGAAGAAAGCAACAAGUAAGCCUAAACAAGCUGUGACAGCAGCGAACUAAACACAAGACAAUGACAUCAUCUUGUAGGUAAAAACCUCUGCAACAUCUUGUAAAUAAACAAAUAGUACUUUUAUACACUUUGUUUGUAUAUUGAUGUGGGCUUUCAAACUUUUUAAUACAUAUUUGUGCCUACUCUGCACUUUAAUAGCAUUAGCCAUUCACAACCAACUGCUCUGUAUACAUUAGUCCAGCGACAGAUUUCACAAAGUUAAAUGCUGAGAUGUGUGGAGAGAUGUCAAGCUACAAUCCUGGACAAAAUUGUUGGGACACUUGGCAAUAGCCAAACACUCUCCCAGCCCCUUCCCCCGGUCAAUGUUGUCAUGUUCAUCUGGAGCGCAGACUGUGCCAAUAGACACAGGGGGUCUGGGAGCCCACCAAGAUUUGUCCAGGAUUGCUUGAAUUGGUUUAUAAUUGUGUAUGUACAUACCAUGCCAUUCAGGAGGUGUGUUGUGUUGCGUCAUUUUGAGAAAACAUGGGUUAAAAUAUGAAGAUAUAGGAUGGCUGCAUCAUACAAUUAAAGAAGGGCAUAUCAUUAUUUAUUUUUUUGCAAUGUAACCACAGCGAAGUGUAAUAUCGGGGUAGGCAAGUCCUUUGGGAAAAAGACUCUCAAGUCAUUUUAAGAAGUGUGAUUUCAAGGCAUGAUGUGUGCACUGUAGAGUAUAUGUAGAAGUGCAUCAUAUACAGUGCACCAAAGUAUUUCACGGAAUAUCUGUGUAAAAUACAUUUCUUUUUUUAAACAUGAAGUGUCCAUUUAGGACUGGACACACCAUAGAAUCAUGUGGGAUUUCUGUUUUUUAAUUUUUCAAUCAUUUUGUCGAGAAAUGCGACGACAAUCCAUGAAAAUUGUAAAAAAGAGGGGAGAGACUCAAGUUCUUUAUUGAUGUGUUGUGGCUCACUGUUGGCAGUGUGCCAUGUAAGUAUAACACGUGCAUGCCCUGUUAUUUUAGAGCGUGCUAUGCACCCUCUUGGGUGAGGAUGGAGAUUGUUAUGCAAUCAUGACAUUGCUUGUGAUGUUUUGAGGUUGAAUUCAGCACAUUUGAUGUUCAUUUCAAGUUAGUGUUAAUUGGAAUAAGCCAAUGCCAGAAUUUUUGUGCACACUCUCAAAGUCAUCAGACCCUCCCCUCACACACACAAACAGGCAUGCGUAAACUCAGACAAUCCUUGACAAAAUGUUUAGGAUGCCUGGCAAUGGACAUAUGCUCUCCAGCCCUCACUCCCCCGGUCAAUGUUGUCAUGUCCAGCCAGAGCGCAGACUUUGACUUAGACCCAACAUUGAAAGGCGGGGUUUGGGGGGGUUGGAGGCCCAACGAGAUUUGUCCAGGAUUGUAGGUCUCGAGCAUGGUCUUACUACCAACUAGGAGGAUGAUUAUUAAUAACGAUACUAUGAGGUGCUUGCACAGUGUUUUACACUUUGAGAAGUGAAGUGUUUCAAAGUUGUUAUGCCAGUUCAUUGACACGAGUGCAGCUUGACAUCAGCAUGACCAAUUCUCAAUCCUCACCGGUAUACCACUAAUUGUGGGAGCUAGACACAUAUUUGGAGCAGUAAAUAUUUAUAGGGAGAAAUUCCUCAUGGGAAAAUUUAUUUGACCCUACAGCUCUGUUCUGUAUAGAAGAAAAUGUCCCUUCGACAUGGGACCAACAAGGGCCCAUUCAUAUUCCUUAGUUGAGAGAGGAACAAAAUCACCAUGGUAACUGUAGAUUGCACAUACUCUUAAUCCCCUAAACUUAUUUUCAUUACAAUUACAGUAAGUCAAAAACUCGAAACCUGUACUGAAGUUACAGUUUUGUGAAAUUCAGUGUUUGAGACCAGAGGUAGAUGAGCAUGUGCCUGCUUGCAAUCCUCAGCCAUCCUCUGUGAAUAAUUUCAGAUACCCCAUCAAAGUGAAUGCAUAUGGUAGGAGACAUGACAAGAUGCAGGUGACACAUGAAAGCUGUUACACUAACACCAAUCAGCGUCACCAUCUCUGCAGCAGUUUCAGUCAAGAAGUCAAUAGGCAACUCAACACCACACACAGGCACAAUUAAAGCACAUUGUGAAAUGGUAAUAUGACUCACAUAAAUAUGAUUUACUUCAGAACAGGGUAGUGAUUUGCCAAUAGUCAAAUCUUGUUAAUAACAGGUCCUUCAGACUUGGCAUAUUGCCUUAUUUUAACAGGAACCUUGUAUUAUCAGGAAUGAAAACAAUGAAAACAAAGGAUCGGGAUCUCAAAAUGCAUGUUAUGAGCAGAAUCAUGUAUUAGCAGUUUUCUUAUCAAUGAGGUCCGACUGUACAAUUAUGUAUACAUGUUAUGUAUAUCUGAGUGCUUAAAGAGUAGACACUGACUGUAAUAUGUACCAUCUUGUCAGUGUGUCUUGGACAUUGUAAUUACAUUAAUUUAGAAGUCACUCACCCAGUUUAUUGAAGAACUGUUUACAUCACACAUGUAUUAAAGAACCUCUCUCAUUCUACUACUUCACCAAAAGAAUAUAAAAUCAAUAGAAAAUAGAAUCUUUUCAUUUACAUGUGACUCCCACAGCAGUCCCCCUGCAUUGCCAGAUAGAUGGCAGACCUACAUGUGACUCCCACAACAGGUAGUGAUGGAUUUAUAGCCUUGUAUGCUGAGAAAAACUAACAUCUUGGUUAUAGGAGGAUGCCACAUGUACAUGUAUAGAAAUAAUGAUGAAUAGGGCAGACAAUAUGGGACCUGUUAUGACAAAAUGAGAGUCAAGUUGCAUCUCGCUCUUUCCUAUUUGACGGUUUAAAGUCAUAUUGAAGGGAAGGUCAGUUUUGAGGUUUUGUAAUAUUUGAAAAGAGUAACCCAUCUCCUAUUAAAUUCCAUAUAUUUCCCAGGAUCAUAUACUUAAAAAUGUCAUUUUCUCAGCAAUUUUGACGACAGCAUUAUUUAUGCCAAGUCUGAAAUAGUGAAAACAUGCCGAGAACAAAGACGCAAAGCUGCCAGAAUAAUGUCACCUGAUACUUUUUCCGCAAGUGUUCCAUGUAUAUGCCACUGGCAAGCUCUUUUCCUGCUGAAUUAAAAAAUAUCAGUAUCUCAAUUUUUGAAAAUUCCUACUUAAAGGUCACAUAUAGACUUUCUGUGUCACCUUGAGUGUGCCUUUGUAGGCUGUGAAUCUGACAUUAAAAUACUCAAUUCGUCAUUCAAAACUGAAGCUAUUCACAAAACAGACUAGACAAAACACAAAAGUUAUUUUAGGCUUUUGAAGUGCUUUAUUGUCCAGCAUUGAACUUAUUAUAUUUGGCCUGCAGGCAACUACAUGUUAACAUUUAAUUACGAAUACAAGAUACAUGAACAGCAUCAUCAGUAGGAAUUGGUGCAGCAAUAACAGGCAGUAAUCUUUGAGAUUAAAUUGUUAAUAACAAUGUAGAUUACAGAAAGUAGUAUUCAGCCACAAGCUCCAGUUCACAAAGUACUGGAUUCAACUUAUUUGAUGUUUACUGUAGAGCAUGAGCAUGAGGACACUGGAGUGUCUAAGAACUCAACAUCCCUUCUGCAAACUGUAAAAAAUGACUACCAUCAUUUUUUUUAACGUACAAUGAAAUAAAGAUCAUGUAACGAGUUUCUUUUA